AGUACUUCAUGCUGUUCACGUAUUAGACUUUUGGUUCUUCGCAGUGAAAAUCGAAAAUAGCACUGCGAUGUAGUAGCAGUAUCUGCAGUGGUGUGGCAGAUCGUGCUAGUCGCAGUGCAGCAGCAGUCGGGCAAAUGUUUAUGGAGGGAUUUGCCAGAAGCGUUGACUAUUAUAUUAUACUUAUUAACAAUACUCACAAUGAAUAUUAUGAAGCUAAAGCGAUAAAAACAAAAUGAGUAAAACUGUCUUCCUUGUGUCGUAAGUAAUUGUAACUAGUACUGCUAGCGUUUUUUAUUGUAGCCACCGAGUUCGUCCUUUUCGCACUUAUAAUUGAGGUCUGACUGUAAGGGAGAUUGCGUUUUCCAGUAGUUUUGUGAUGGGCUAGCUUAUGCUUCAACUCUAAAUCGAAGAGCAGGAGACCACUACGAGAAGCGAGCCUGGCUUUGGGCGCGACCAGAGACCUUGGUGGGAUCGGACGCGACCAGAGGCCAGCAUGAUCAUGGUGUCGAAGAUGGGAGUGUGCUAGUAUCGUAAUGGAGUUCUGGGGUGGGAUUGUUGCAGUUUGUGCUGCUACAUUUUUUGGCAAGAAGAAGAAGACUUUUUGUUUUCUAUCCCGCGACGGACCAGCGGCGCUUCCUCUACUACAGGGGAGGAAUGUGUGGGAAAGUGCCUAGUCUUAUGGCUGGUCUAUUUUUUUGAGUGCGCGCAAAAUGUGAGCAAGUAGUAUGUAGUUUGGUGUCGUUCCCGCAUUAGGAGGAUAAUUAUUAUAGUAGGUUCCCUAAUCAAAGUGGUAUCGGAGGCUUCGUUCAGGCUGGGCGACUCCUGGGAAAAAUCACAUCAACACAGAGUAACGAAGAUAAGGCCUAGGAUGUGGCCCCUGUAUAGUUUCUUCUAAUGUAGAUGAAGAAGUCUCUAGAAUUCCUUCGGCGUCGAGUUUGAUUAUGUCGAGGGACGGACUUAUACUAGACGAUAAGACUCGCACUGUGCGAAAAGUCUCUCCACAUUGAGGCGAGGACGAGAGUCAGCUGUAGUUGCAACCACAACAGAGGGAAGUGAAGACUUCUCCUUGCGUAUUUUUUCUAAUCUGCGUUUGCUGACAGACGCAAUUGCAGCAGGCCGCGAUAGGGAGCAGACGAAAGCCGCGUCGAGCUGUCGCCCUCUUGCUUCGAUAUUGAUACUCGCU